AUGGACACGUCUGUUCCUGAUAGUGACUCUGUUUCUGUUUCUGUUUCUGAACCUCCUGUUGAGCCUUCUUUGCUCGCGGCUGCGACAACUGAAUCUGUUUUUGAAAAACCGGUAGUGGACGGAGUCUCACCGCAACCCGUGCCGAUGUCGGCAGAAAUUGUUCCGCAUACUGUCCCUGUUACGGAACCCGACAUAUCGGCGGUUGCUCCUACUACCGUCCCCGACAGUCUUUCUGCUGCCAGUGCUGUUGUAGAACGUGAAGCUUUUACUGCACCGAAACCGCGUAGGGACCGGAAUGUCGCUCGAGCUUCUGGCACCCCACGUUUACGUAGUGCCAGUAGCUCUGCUUCGUUUAAUACGCGUGGUUUUUCGGACAAAAAUCGGAGUCCGUCUCCGGUGGCGCGUGCUCCUGCCCCCCCUCAGGUUCGGUCGGUCGGGCAACCGACCUCCCGACAACCGGCCGCGCGCGACGGCGUAGACCUCGGCCACCGCCCGUCUCAGGGGGGAGGCAGCAGGCGCCACGCGAAAAAGCAGACCUCUUCCCGCACUCAGCCGGAGGGUGAUGUUGUUGCUGCAACGCAGAAACGUGACAUCGCGGUGCAACAUUUGAAAACCUUCCUGAGCCAACCGACUUCUGAUGCCGAUUCCGGCAUGGCGGUGGAUCCGCCUUUGUCUGUGACACCUUCCCCCUUUCCAACCAAAAGAAAGGCCGAAGAUUCGCACCUUCGUCGUGCCCCCCCUUCCACCCACGAUUUGGUGCCGCCUUUAUCUUCGGAUGUCGAGAUGCCCGCCGUGGAGCAUUCCGCCACAGAAGGUGCCAUCACAGUUUCUGGGACUCCACCGCCUCCGCCCCCCCUUCCUAGUCAGUCACAGGAUUGGUCGGCGGACGUGGAGGCCGGUCGUAACCAUUAG